AUGGCGAUCAAGACACUUGGAGCUAAGGCAGCAGCCGCUCUAGACCAAGAGCUCAUGAGCUCCGGGGCCUUUUCCAUUGACCAGCUGAUGGAACUAGCGGGUCUGUCUGUCUCACAGGCAGUGUUUCGUUUUCAACCCCCGAGCCAGGGUCAACGGGUCCUCGUCGCAUGCGGUCCAGGGAACAACGGAGGUGAUGGACUGGUGGCCGCUCGCCACCUCCGUCACUAUGGAUACCAUCCAACCGUGUUCUACCCAAAGCGAAGCAGGAAUGACCUCUACCAGCGCCUCGCAAAACAAUUGGAAGACCUCGACGUUCCAUUCGUCGAAGAUUUUUUGUCAGCCAUGAGCUCAACAGAUCAAAUCGUGGAUGCCAUUUUCGGAUUUAGCUUUUCGGGUGAGGUUCGCGAGCCGUUCCCUGCCGUGAUCCGAGCUCUUCAGGAAACAAAGCUGCCGGUGAUGUCUGUGGAUGCGCCCUCGUCCUGGGAUAUCGAAAAUGGUCCCCCACAAUCAGGUCUCGGGAGUUCCUUCAUGCCUACAGCACUUGUUAGCCUUACGGCCCCUAAGCCGUUGGUAAAGCACUUCAAGGGGCGUCAUUUUGUCGGUGGACGCUUCGUUUCCCCUUCCAUCGCUAAGAAGUACAACUUCGAGGUUCCCGAGUAUGAAGGCAUCGACCAAGUUGUCGAGGUUGGGUUGACUGGGCGAAAACUUUGA